GAAGUCGUUCAGCAACAUUCGCCACAACCAGACGUCGCAGCACUGCCGGUCCCGGCUGACCUACCUUUGCCAGCCCCACACGAAGUCCAGCCAGCGCCCAAGAAAGGUCCCGCUUUUCCCCCACUACUAGAGGACCACGCCGCGCCAGACUUCCUGUAUCAUCGCGUUUCCGCUUUCGCCGCCGAUCGCCUAGUCAAAGCUCAAUAUACAGAGCUCUACUACUUCACACCUGAAGGAUGUCGAGUGGCAUCAGAGCAAUUUAAAACCACAAAUUCUGACGCUUUUGGAUUGUUACAGGGCCCUGACGGCUUAGCGUCCUUACAACCGCAAAGCACGACACGAGCCCUAAAACAUGUGAUCAGAGAUGCCGACCUGACCUGGGAACAGUUCUCCCUAGCCGUCCCUACCUACUUGCGAGAAAUCGAGCGAGCCGACUGGCCCAAGACUCACGUCGAAAUGAUCUCCGAAGCCCUACUCCGCUACCAAGCCAAAACCAGAUACGACUGGCACGAACUCAUCUCUCGCGGGUCGCCUUCGUACUCCCUCGCGCUCAUCAACAACAACCUGUUAGACCAAAUGUGUUCUGAGAUAGCAGAUGAAAUAUUCUUAGCGCAGCAGAAGCAGUUGUUUCCCUCCAAACCCAUCCUGUGCAUUCCACAUGCUACUUUCCCCCCCCUGCAUCUCACAUGCACCUUCACUGCAUCUCACACGCACCCUCAUCGCGUCUCACAUGCAUUUUCUCUUCCCCCCCCCCCCCCUGCGUCCCGACGGUGUCUCCCGACCCGCCGAUGAUCUCAAUGUCGCCAUCCAAUGUGCACGCAUCCCUGCGGCCAUGCCCACACCAUCGGCGCGUUCUCACUCGCCCCAUCUACAAUAUGACACCACGCACACUGCAGUUCUCACUGCUGACGGAUGCCCAAAUUGGAGGCGGUACCCCCAGUCAUGGUAGACAGUUCAAUAGCAGAAACUAUCCUUGCCCACAAACUACGUCUCCUGUUCCACGGUACAAGCGUCGUCGUUCACCUUCUGCCAAAUAUUACAUGGAUGAUCGGCGAGAUGAUCGCAGGCUCAACAAAUGAUGUUCAUCGCGCCUGGACAGUUUUCGCCCCACGACAAAGUCGGGCGACGCACCUCUGGAGCGGCGCCAAAGCUCGAUGUCACUGAGAUGGCAGAGGCCGAAUCAUCAAUAACCAGAACCAAGAGCUCUGUACCGAGUGGCAGCGACGAGGCAGCUGCACGUCCACCAGCUCCUCCCAUCAUCACGAGUGCUCCGGCUGCGGAAAACAAGACCAUGGCGCCCACGCUUGCCCUUUCGCUGAGAAAGCAUAAAGCUUUCACUCCACUACACGCAGACAGCUGGGAACAGUAUCUACACAGCAGCGCGCUCACACCCAAGUAUCCUACUCUUGUUAAUAGUA